UUGUGGCAGGGCAGGUUUUUUUUCACUUGGCUGUAUGACAGAUGGCGGUAGAAACAUCAUGUUUUUCAAUGGUUGGGGCUUCAGGAAUCCUCCAAAGUGAUUUAAGUAACUUGAUAUUGUUGUAUAAUAUACUAGACGGAUGACUAUAAAAACUAGCUGAGGCGAUAUAUGCGCAUGUCUACACUGUGUGACUGAAACUUCAAUAUUCAGUUACUGCAUGUGGCAAUGCAUCCUUUGCCAAUGCAUGGUUACCUUUGCUGGUGCAUUUUGUUUGUGCAUCUUUAUAUGCCUGCCCUUUCUUUUAGUUUAGGGCCGAACAUUGGUAGAGAAAUUUCAUCCGGAAACUGGUUGCACAGUUUUGAAUCAGAUUUAAGUAAUAAUGCUAAGAGUAGCACCUCUUCUUAUGCGAAAACAUCAACUUUAAGUUUGCCGUCCCCAUUGAAUAAUAAUGUAUCCUGUGGAGAUUUGGAAGGUGUUGGAUCAUUUAAUACUACAUGCUUGUUGAACUCAAACUUGUAUCUGAAUUCUGAUCUUUACAUUUAUGGUACGGGGAACCUAGAGAUACUUCCCCAUGUUUCAAUCGUGUGCCCCAUAGAAGGCUGUAUGAUAACGUUUAAUAUGUCUGGAAACAUUAAUGUGGGCCAAGAUGCAGCCAUUAUUGCUGGUUCAGUUGUUUUCUCUGCUGCCAAUUUGACUAUGGAACAUAGAUCUUUAAUAAAUACAACAUCCUUAGGUGGAUUGCCACCUUCUCAAACCAGUGGUACACCAGUAGGCUAUGAUGGAGCUGGUGGAGGGCAUGGUGGUCGGGGUGCUUCCUGUUUGAAAAAGAACAAGACAAGUUUUUGGGGUGGUGAUGUUUAUGCCUGGUCAACUUUAGCUAAGCCAUGGAGUUAUGGGAGUAAAGGUGGCGGCACAUCUGAUGAAUAUCGGUUUGGAGGUAGUGGUGGGGGACGUGUUCUGCUUAAAUCUAAGGACAUACUAUAUUUGAACGGAUCAGUAUUUGCAGAAGGUGGGGAUGGAGGACUAAAGGGAGGAGGUGGGUCUGGUGGAAGUAUCUUCGUCAUUGCGCUAAAGUUGAAGGGAUAUGGAACUAUAAGUGCAGCAGGUGGGAGAGGCUGGGGUGGAGGUGGUGGUGGAAGAAUAUCUCUGGACUGUUACAGCAUACAAGAAGAUAUAAAAGUUACUGUGCAUGGUGGUUUUAGUAUUGGUUGUCCUGAGAAUGCUGGAGCUGCUGGUACACACUUUAAUGCAUAUUUAUCGAGUUUAAGAGUUGGCAAUGAUAAUCUCACGACAGAAACAGAAACUCCUCUGCUUGAUUUUCCUACUGGCCCUCUAUGGUCAAAUGUUUUUGUGGAGAACAAUGCAAAAGUUUUGGUUCCAUUACUUUGGACCAGAGUUCAGGUGAGAGGCCAAAUUAGCCUAUAUUGUGGAAGCAGCAUUGUUUUUGGGUUAUCUAGAUUUCCAGUGUCAGAAUUUGAGCUUGUCGCCGAAGAACUUUUGAUGAGUGACUCUGUCAUAAAAGUUUUUGGUGCAUUUAGAAUUUCAAUCAAAAUGCUGCUCAUGUGGAACUCCAAAAUUCAAAUUGAUGGCGGCGGAAAUACUAUAGUCACCACCUCUGUCCUUGAAGUCAGGAAUCUAGUUGUUCUAAGGGAGAACUCUGUCAUUAGUUCAAAUGCAAAUUUGGGUGUAUAUGGUCAAGGACUGCUGAAGUUGAGUGGUCUUGGUGAUGCAAUCAAAGGCCAACGACUUUCGUUGUCUCUUUUUUAUAACAUAACUGUUGGGCCAGGUUCUCUAUUACAAGCUCCACUGGAUGAUGAUGCUGGUAGAAGUGUGGUUACUGAAUCCCUUUGUAAUAGUCAGACAUGCCCAAUAGAUUUGAUUACUCCUCCUGAUGAUUGCCAUGUUAAUUACACACUGUCCUUUUCACUUCAAAUCUGUCGCGUUGAGGACCUUCUUGUCAGUGGCCUUAUCAAGGGAAGUAUUAUCCACAUCCACAGAGCUAGGACAAUUGUUGUUGACACAGACGGCACUAUUGUUGCAUCAGAAUUGGGUUGCAGUGAAGGUAUUGGAAAGGGUAUUUAUUCUAAUGGAGCUGGUGGUGGAGCUGGCCAUGGGGGACGAGGGGGGUCAGGAUUUUUCAAUGGGAGGUUGAUCAAUGGUGGUCAUGAAUAUGGCAAUGCUGAUCUUCCCUGUGAGUUGGGAAGUGGAACUGAGGGCCCCAAUGAGUCAUAUCAACAUGUGAAUGGAGGCGGGAUGAUCGUUAUCGGAUCCAUCCAGUGGCCACUGUUAAGGCUUGAUAUCUAUGGAUCUUUGAGGGCUGAUGGUCAAAGCGGUGGUAAGAAAACAAUAAACGGUAACAGUUCUUUGAAUGGUGGACUUGGUGGAGGUUCUGGUGGGACUAUCCUUCUUUUCCUUCGAGAGCUCACACUAGAGAAGCACUCAUUAUUAUCUGCUGUCGGGGGCAAUGGUGGCUUUCCUGGCGGCGGCGGUGGUGGUGGUGGGAGAGUUCAUUUUCAUUGGUCUAAAAUUGAUGUUGGGAUUGAGUAUGUUCCAGUGGCAACUAUAAAUGGUUCCAUUAACAGCAGUGGAGGUACUGGGGACAAUGGUGAUCUUUCUGGGGAAGGGGGCACAGUUACUGGAAAAAAAUGCCCAAAAGGUCUCUAUGGUACAUUCUGCCGGGAAUGUCCUAUUGGCACCUAUAAAGAUGUGGAUGGUUCUGAUGAAAGUCUUUGCACUCCUUGCCCUCUCGACCUUCUUCCCAAGCGUGCGAAUUUCAUAUAUGUACGAGGGGGGGUUAGCCAGCCAUUUUGUCCCUAUAAAUGCAUUUCGGACAAGUAUAGGAUGCCAAAUUGCUUUACACCUCUUGAGGAAUUGAUGUAUACCUUUGGAGGCCCGUGGCCUUUUGCACUUCUUCUGUCUUUCAUCUUAGUGCUUCUAGCUCUUCUGUUGAGUACUUUGAGAAUCAAAUUGGUUGGAUCAAGUUCUUCAUAUGGGACAAAUACAACAGAGCACCAUAGUCAUGACCAUUUUCCAUAUCUUCUUUCCCUAUCACAGGUACGGGGAGCCAGAGCCGAAGAAACUCAAAGUCAUGUGCAGAGAAUGUACUUUACAGGUCCCAAUACUUUUAGAGAACCCUGGCAUCUUCCUUACUCUCCAGCCAAUGCAAUUAUUGAGAUUGUGUAUGAAGAUGCUUUUAACAGAUUUAUUGAUGAGAUCAACUCUGUUGCUGCAUAUGAUUGGUGGGAAGGGUCCAUUCAUAGCAUACUUACAGUGCUUGCAUAUCCUUGUGCUUGGUCCUGGAAACAAUGGCGGAGGAGAAAGAAAAUACAUCGCCUUCAGGAAUAUGUUAAGUCUGAAUAUGACCAUUCGUGUCUCCGAUCUUGUAGAUCACGUGCUCUAUACAAGGGGAUGAAGGUUGGAGCUUCACCAGACUUAAUGGUUGCAUACAUUGAUUUUUUCCUUGGUGGUGAUGAGAAGCGCUUGGACAUGGUAUCCAUUAUACAGAAGAGGUUUCCUAUGUGUAUUAUUUUUGGUGGGAAUGGAAGCUAUAUGUCACCUUAUAAUCUUCACAGUGAUGCAUUGUUGACCAAUCUUCUUGGCCAGCAUGUCCCAGCAACUGUUUGGAAUCGAUUGGUUUCUGGUCUUAAUGCUCAAUUGAGGACUGUGAGGGCAGGAUCACUUCGUUCCACAUUGGUUCAUGUUAUUGAUUGGAUUAGUAGUCAUGGAAACCCCCAACUUGAGUUCCAUGGGGUAAAAAUUGAGCUAGGGUGGUUUCAACCAACUGCUUCUGGUUACUAUCAGCUCGGUAUCCUAGUUGUGGUUGGUGAUUAUUCUCUGCAGAAUAUGCACCACUCUGAUUUGUUGGAUGGAAGUGAUGAAUAUCCAAGGAAAAAUACAGCAUGUCCAGGCAGAAGCAAUAAGCAGCUGCAGCAAAGUCGGCCUUACACAAGUCAUCCAUUAUCUCUAAAAAAGAUAACGGGAGGAAUUAAUGGAGGUCUUAUAAAUGAUGCUACUUUGAGAUCCUUAGAGUUUAGAAGGGACUUUCUAUUUCCACUUUCUCUCUUAUUGCACAACACUAGACCUGUUGGUCGUCAGGAUACCCUUCAGCUUCUGAUAACUAUUAUGCUUUUGGCAGAUCUAUGCAUUACCCUCCUUACAUUACUUGAGUUCUAUUGGAUUUCUCUUGGGGCAUUCCUUGCUGUCUUACUUAUUCUUCCUCUAUCCUUACUUUCUCCCUUCCCAGCUGGCUUAAAUGCUUUAUUCAGUAAAGAACCUAGGAGAUCUUCACUUUCUCGUAUAUAUGCAUUGUGGAAUACUACAUCUCUAUCCAAUCUUGCUGUGGCUUUCAUUUCUGGUAUUUUCCACUACGGAUUUUCAUGUUUUGAGCCACCUGAUAACGCCAAUACUUGGAGAACUAUAAGGGCGGACAAUAAAUGGUGGCUUUUACCAACUAUCCUUGUGUUAUUUAAAUCAAUACAAGCUCGAUUAGUUGAUUGGCACAUAGCUAAUUUGGAAAUCCGAGAUUUUUCCCUGUUCAGCUCGGAUCCGGACACGUUUUGGGCGCAUGAGCCUCUCUCAUGACUUGAAACUCUAGUGCCCAAGAACGGAAUUAUCAAUUUUGGCUUCUGCAUUGAUUAUUCUAGUUGCCAGAGGAAGUGGCCUUCUUUGUGCUCCAGGAUGAUGUUGGCUGCUGCUUUGGCAUGUAAAUUUGUUCAAGUUGUACAAAGCAUUGAGUAUAGUUGCGUAGUUGUGCAGUUUUCCACCUUUGUAAGUAUAGUGGCACUGGCACAACCCUUUUGAUAGGAAAUUAUGUGCAGGUGGAGAGGAGAUAUGCCAUUUGAGUUCAUUUUUUUUACAUUAUCUUUCGAGUUGUUCUUUAACAAAAUUAAAUUAUUUGUAUAAGGUGUGAUUGUCACUUUUA